AUGAGAUUAUCUGAUAGUGAAGAAGAAGAAGAAGAUGAGUGUGAAGUAGUUAAAGCUGCUAAAGUAUACCGUGACCUACUCAAAGCAGUGGUGAAACAUAUUGGUAAAGAAGACCACAAGUCUCAUUUCAUAGACUUUGUUAAGCAAGAGUUUAGGAACAAUGCUGCAAACUCGGAGAAGAUGAACCUCGCCCGCAACUACGCUUAUCUUCUCAAUAGCAUUCAUUCUCACAAGGAAUUGCUGUUCUCAUACAACAUUGCGGUUGAUAGAACUGAAGAAAUGAAACGUGUGCUUAAUAAAUCUGCAGCGAGUGUAGGUCUUCGUCUUCCCGAGGUUUACGAGUCUUGAUGAUAUGCAAUGCUUACGCGUUCGUUCCUCUCUUUGUCUUUCUUGGAGAUGAGCUGUUCUGGCUGGUUUCUUCACUUCUUUGGACAGAUCUUGGGUUAAUUUUUUUGAAUAAAUGUGAUACUAGAUGUUUGCCAGAGAGCUCUUUCCUUUAAGCCUCUUGAGUAUUGACAAACCCGAGAUGUGCGGGUUACAAUUUUUGUUGUGUUGUACCUCAUUCGUAUUGGCUGCUGAGCAAUAUGUGUACCAAGAACAUAUUUUUGUU